GGAGGCUCUCUUCUUUUUCUUCCAUGAUGACAUCGUUCUGAGGAAGAGAAACUCUAAGGAACAUUUUGCUUUCAGCUAGCUGAACUUUCCUUAUUAGUACCAUGAUAUCAUUGCUACCAUGGAAAUUCCCCCUCAUUUUUCUGUGCUCUAACCUCAGUCCUAGGCUUCAGAGUCUCUAUAAAAAGGGAUUCCAAACUCAAAUCAGCAGCAGACAAGGGCUCUGAAGCUUCUGAGCUCUGCAGUCUCAGCUCCACUAAGCUUCUGAACUCUGCAUUCUUGGCUCUACCUGGACCAUGAAAUUCUACGUGACUGUCCUCUCUCUCCUUGUGAUUGGGGCUGCCUUCUGCUCUCCAGUGCUUUCUGCACCAAUUGGCUCAGACCCUCCCACAGCCUGCUGCUUCACUUACACCCAGCGGAAGCUUCCUCGAAACUUUGUGACUGAUUACUAUGAAACCAGCAGCCUCUGCUCCCAGCCAGCUGUGGUAUUCCAAACCAAAAGGGGCAAGCAAGUCUGUGCCAACCCCAGUGAUUCCUGGGUUCAAGAGUAUGUGGAAUACCUAGAGCUGAACGAGGAAUGAUGUCUUCAAGGAAGGUCACCUGAGUCCUGACGCUUCUCAGUGAGAUGCACCUUAUUCUCCACAACGCCUCUCAGUAGUUCCUGCCUUUUCUCCUAAUUUAAUCUUUAGUAUGUGCUUUGUUAUUGGAGCUUUGUUAUUGGAGUCAGUAUUAUUUGUAUUAUUUAUGUUUGACCAAAGGACACAUGUCUCCCAUGGGGACGGUCUAUCAUAGCUGUUUCUCUACUAUUGUGGAUACAUGGAUGCUGCAAUUAAUCCCACACAUUUUCAUAAUAAAACUUUUUUGAAAUGUAAA